AUGGCUGGUGGAAUGGAGGUGUUGGGGCCAGUUAGGCAGUGUGUGGAGUGCCGGAGCUCGCCAGCAUAUCAAGCGUUUGCAGAACGGCUGGCCCCGGGGGUCACUCAGUUCGGCAACAAGUACAUCCAGCAGACCAAGCCCCUCACUCUGGAGCGUACCAUCAACCUGUACCCUCUUACCAGUUAUACUUUUGGUACAAAAGAACCCCUCUAUAAGGACAGCUCUGUUGCAGCCAGAUUUCAGCGCAUGAGGGAAGAAUUUGAUAAAAUUGGAAUGAGGAGGACUGUAGAAGGGGUUCUGAUUGUACAUGAGCACAUCGUGUACCCCGUGUGUUACUGCUACAGCUGGGAACAACUUUCUUCAAACUACCUGGUGGUGAACUUAACCCAGGAGAAGAUGAAGUUGAAGAACUAAAACGCUAAAUGACAGAGAUACUGGGUCGUCAGGAUGGAGUUCUGCAAGACUGGGUCAUUGACAACUGCAUUGGUAACUGGUGGAGAACAAAUUUUGAACCUCCUCAGUAUCCAUACAAUGCCUAAGGAACAUAAGUAGUUUCUGGUUCAGCUUCAAGAAAAAGCUUUGUUUGCAGUCCCUAAAAAUUAUAAGCUGGUAGCUGCACCAUUGUUUGAAUUGUAUGACAAUGCACCAAGAUAUGGACCCAUCAUUUCUAGUCUCCCUCAGCUGUUGAGCAGGUUCAGUUUUACAUACCUGAAUUCCUGCGCAGUGGAGAAGUUAAAGGAGCUGCUUGUCUCUGUGAGCACAGCUAUACACAGUGUAGAAUAAAUGUGGUAGAAAAGUU